AUGACAACCACUGCCCCCCAUGCACCACGUCGCCUUUUCGUCUCAGAUAAAGCCCUAAAACUGCAGUUCCUCGUUGACACUGGAGCCGACUUAAGUGUGCUGCCACGCAAAGCAUGUUCUGCUUUAAAACCUAGUAUGAUACGCCUAUACUCUGCUACUGGUUCCUGUAUUAGAACGUUUGGGCAGAAACAGUUGACACUUGACCUUGGUUUUGGCCAGCCAGUCACUUGGACCUUUGUUGUUGCAGAUGUCACUACUGCCAUCCUAGGUGCUGACUUCCUCGUACACCAUGGUUUCACCGUAGAUAUGCGAAACAAGCGCCUUGUGUGUCCAACUAUACCAAGCAGCAUUACGUGUGUGUCUCGACGAGUAAGCGCGUUGGAGGUGGGAAUAUCUACUGCCCAUCCUUAUGACCGACCAACGGAUGCACCAGACGACCCUGGAAGAGUCCAGCACUAUAUCGACACCCAAGGCCCACCAGUGUUCUCCAAGCCGCGCAGGCUUCCACCAGACCGUCUACAAGCUGCACGGGCCGAAUUCAAUCAACUUAUACAAAUGGGCAUUGUUCAGCCAUCAAAAUCGCCAUGGGCUAGCCCGCUUCACAUGGUCCAAAAAGCCAACGGCCAGUGGCGUGCUUGUGGGGAUUUCCGUCGGUUAAAUGCAAUUGCCAAGCCUGAUCGCUAUCCAGUGCCACAUAUUCAGGACUUUGCAAAUCAGCUACAUGAAAUCUUGUACAUGCAUUCCACCAGAUCCUAG